UCGUAGCAAGGAGAGUGCACACCAUAGCAGUAAAAGAGCUUUAACACUUGGAAGAAUAAAAGACACGUAACUUGUCCGUUAUAUGGGUCAAACGUUGCGUAAUUGAUUGGGUAAAAGGUUAGACUUCUUCGUGGCAUUGACUUUGUGUAUUAUUUAAUAAGGUUUAAGUUGAUCCAAAAUAAACUAAUGCAUUGUCUUGGAAAACAAGUGCGGUUCAGUAUAUUGUUAAAUAGAUGCUUGAGAAUAGUCUCACAAUUUCUCUAAAGAAUAGCUUACUUGGUCUUAUUGACAUGUUUGCUUCAUGAACUAAUCUGAAGGAGAUCGUUCUUGGAGACGCAAGAACGCACAUGGGGAUGACGUGGUUUGCUUUCUUUCUUUUGUUCACCAUGAUAUUGAGUUAUAGUCAUGGAGAAAUAACUACACAGAGUCCUUUGUCAAUAGGACAAACUCUCAGUUCCUCUAAUGGAGUUUAUGAACUGGGGUUCUUUAGUCUUAACAACUCCCAGAAUCAGUAUGUCGGAAUCUGGUUCAAAGGUAUUACUCCCCGGGUGGUUGUGUGGGUGGCCAAUAGAGAAAAGCCUGUUACAGACUCCAAGGCAAAUCUAAGUAUCAGCAGCAAUGGAACUCUUCUCUUAUUGGAUAGAAACCAUGGCCCUGUCUGGUCUAGUGGAGGAACUUUCGCAUCUAAUAGUUCUCGUGCAGAGCUUUCAGACAUUGGAAAUCUUAUUGUCAUAGACAACGUUUCCGGACGAACACUAUGGCAAAUCUAAGUAUCAGCAGCAAUGGAACUCUUCUCUUAUUGGAUAGAAACCAUGGCCCUGUCUGGUCUAGUGGAGGAACUUUCGCAUCUAAUAGUUCUCGUGCAGAGCUUUCAGACAGUGGAAAUCUUAUUGUCAUAGACAACGUUUCCGGACGAACACUAUGGGAAAGCUUUGAGCAUCUUAGUGAUACUAUGCUCCCUUUCUCACCCUUGACGUGUAAUCUCACGACCGGUGAGAAGCGGGUGUUGACUUCUUGGAAAAGUUACACUGAUCCAUCGCCUGGUGAUUUUGUGACUCAGAUUACACCGCAAGUUCCAUCACAGGUGCUUACCACGAGAGGCUCAAAGCCUUAUUAUCGAAGCGGUCCAUGGGCUAAAAUAAGGUUCACGGGGAUACCACUAAUGAAUGAAACGUUAGCAAGUGAAUUCAGCUAUCCACAGGAUGCAAACGGGUCAGGGUCUUUCUCUUUUGUAGGAAGAGACUCCAAACUUUCACGUCUAGUUCUAACACCAGAGGGCCAUCUUAAAAGGUUUCAACAUAGUGGGACCAAGUGGGAAGUAACCUAUGAGGGUCCAUUAGCCAAUUCAUGCGAUGUUUACGGUUUAUGUGGACCUUUUGGGUUGUGUGUUAGGUCCGUACCUCCAAAGUGUAAAUGCUUCAAAGGGUUUGUUCCAAAAUAUAAAGAGGAGUGGGAAAGAGGAAACCGGACUGAUGGUUGUGUAAGGCGAACCGAACUACUUUGUUAUGGAAACUCUACUGGCAAAUCUCAAAAUGUCUUCCAUCCUGUUGCCAACAUAAAGCCUCCAGACUCUUACAAAUUUGCAGAUUUGGAUGCUGAAGAAUGCUACCAAAGUUGCCUCCGAAACUGUUCUUGCUUGGCCUUUGCUUUUAUUCGGGAAAUUGGGUGCUUAAUGUGGAAUCAUGAGUUAAUGGACACAGUGCAGUUUUCUUCAGGAGGAGAGCUUCUUUCCAUUCGUCUUGCACGUUCUGAGUUGGAUGGAAAUAAGCGCAAGAAGACCAUCACUGCUAGUCUUGUCAGCCUUUUUCUUUUUGUGAUAUUGGGUUCUGCUGUGUUUUGUGUUUGGAGAUACAGAGUGAAACAUAAUGAAAAAAUAUCAAACGAUGCUUCACAAGAUGCAUGGAGCAAUGAUCUGACACCACAAGAUUUCUCAAGUUUAUGUUUCUUUGAAAUGAAUAUUAUUCAAACUGCCACCAAUAAUUUUAGCCUCUCAAAUAAACUUGGGCAUGGUGGAUUUGGUUCAGUUUAUAAGGUAAUAUAUUUAAAUCUGUUUCAGGGGAAGCUUCAAGAUGGCAAAGAAAUUGCUGUAAAACGGCUUUCUAGCAGCUCUAGACAGGGAAAAGAGGAAUUCAUGAAUGAGAUAAUUGGUCUGCUCUGUGUUCAACACCAACCUGUGGACAGACCCAACACACUUGAGUUGAUGUCUAUGCUCACCACAAAAUCAGAUCUUCCAUCACCAGAGAAACCUAUAUUUGUAGUGCAUAAGAGGGAUUAUGAAUCCUUGUCUAAUCCUUUGAUUACCUUCAAUGAGAUGACACAGUCUGUGAUCAUCGGGCGUUAAGAAACAAUGUGUAAUGGAAGUUGUAAAACUAGAGUGUUAAUAGAUUGUUCUUCUUAACAUUUACUCGUUCUUAGUUUCACUAAUUAAUACAUUUUAAAAUAAAAAGUUUUCUUGUAUUGGUCUUGACCAACUAUCUUGUAAUCAAGAUCCUUGACACAUGGGCUUUUUACGAAGAGAGUUAAUUGGUGUCUAUAGCCUAUCGACCACCUAUAUUUGGAAACUACCCCUAUAAUAAUACUAGAGUUAAUCUGCUUUAAUAAUUUAAUUUAAUUUUGCAAUAUUUUUUAAGAAAAAGAUGAAUUUCGUAAAAAAUAUUUUUAUUAAUAUUAUUAAAAUAUUAUUUGAUUUCCUAUUUACAUUGUUUUUAUAAAUUUGUUAUUUUUGAACUUAGCUAUUUAUUUGUUUGUAUUAUAAAAGUAAAAUUAUUGUUACUAAAGUAUUUAUAGUUUCUUAUAAGUACAUAAUUUUAAUAUCACAUAGAUUUUUCAGUACAUAUACACUACUAUACUAUGCUAUACACUACUAUGAAUACUUUAUUAAUAAUUAGUUUUAUUUUUUAAUAAUAUUAAGAUAAUAUAAUAGAAAAUUGUUUUAUAUACAUUUUUCUAUGAAAUUUAUUUAAAGUGUGCUUUAUUAUUUUUCAUAGUUAAGUUUUUAUACAAUUUUACCAUUUAAAUAACUAAUAUUUAGAUAUCAGUUUGUUUGUAUACGUAAAUGUAUAAAUGUAUUUAUAAACAUGUGUAUAUUGUUUCUUAAUAAAAAAAUUAAAAGCGUCAUAUAGAUUGUUCCAUGCUUAUUAACUAAUACAACACUGUUAUAAAUAUUUUAUUAUAAUUUUAUAUGUAUUUCUAUUUGAAUGACAUAAAAGAUUAAUCCUUAUGCAAUAUAUCUAACUUUUUUGUAUUUACCAAAUUUUUAGAAUGAAUGUAUUAUUAUAUACUUAUUUUAUGCAUAUUUGUAUUUAAAAUACUCUUAUUUAAUUCUUUUAAAU